AUGUCUCUACUCACCAGUUACGAGGGGCUUCGGCAUCAGAUAGAGAGGCUGGUGCGGGAAAAUGAGGAACUGAAGAAGCUGGUGAGACUCAUUCGGGAGAAUCAAGAGCUCAAGUCUGCGAUCAAGACUCAGGCAGGUGGCCUCAGCAUCAGCGUGUUCACCAGUGGGCUUGGUGAGGCAACAGCAGGCCCUUCCCAACAGGGUGUCUUCCUGCCUCCAUCCCCAGCAGCAGCAAAGGAGCUCAUAGAAGACGUGGGAGUCAUGGCCCUGGCCCCUCUGGCUGACAUGCUCAACAGCCCACAGCUCAGUGCUACAGCAGGCUCCCUCAUGAACCCCCUGGCGGUUCCUCUCAACUCAUUGCUGGCAGGGUCAAUGCCUAUAUCACAAAGCAGUCAAUUUGCCAGCCUUGAGCCCUGCCCCCUGAACAGCCACCUGACCAGUCCCAUUGCUGUAACUCCUGGGGCCACCCUGGCCAGCUCACUAGGCCUGACCGCGACGGGCUCCCUGAUGCCAAGCAGCCCCCUGGCAGGCCCCCUGACGGAAUCUCAGAGCAGCCCUCUGAUGGCCCCCCUGGCAGGCACAGUGGCUGUCUCUCUGAGCAGCCCGCUGCUCCCCUCCACCGCUGCCCCUCUAGGUGUUUCUCAGAGUGUUCUGCCCAACCCCAUGAACGACCUGGGGCUCUCUGAGGCCCCAAGGGUGAGGCUGGCAGAGCCACCCGAAGGAAACUCCUCUGGACCCCAUUCCUCAGCUGGUUCUGGGCCAGCUGCCACCUCCAAAGUCAAUGAUGCCCAGGGUUCACACACGGGGGAAUCAUCUCGGAAGAGUAUCCAGGAGAUGGAGCGGAAGAUGACUCACCGCAAGUCUAGCAAGUUCCCUGACAGUCCCCGAGAGUCAAAGCAACUAGCCUGGGAAAGGCUGGUAGGGGAGAUCGCCUUCCAGCUAGACCGAAGAAUCCUAUCCAGCAUCUUCCCAGGGCGUGUGCGUCUCUAUGGCUUCACUGUCUCCAACAUUCCAGAGAAGAUCAUCCAGGCCUCCCUGAACCCCAGUAACCACAAAUUGGAUGAGGACCUAUGCCAGACACUCACACAGCGCUAUGUGAACAUCAUGAACAGGCUGCAGAGUCUCGACUACAAUGGACGGGUGCACCCAGCACUGACAGAGCAGCUGGUGAAUACUUAUGGUCUCCUGCGUGAGCGGCCCGAGCUGGCAGCGUCUGAAGGUGGCUCUUACACUGUGGACUUCUUGCAGCAUGUGUUGGUGGAGGCUGUGCACCCCAGCAUGCUCACUGAUGCCCUCCUGCUGCUCUCCUGCCUCAACCAGCUGGCUCAUGAUGAUGGCAAACCUAUGUUCAUCUGGUAA